AUGCUGCUCCGAGGGCGCCCCCGGGCGCUGGGGGCAGCAGCGUUGCUGCUGCUGCUCCUGCUACUGAUCGGCUUCUUCCUGUUUGGCGGGGACCCGGACUGUGAGCUAGGCGGCGAGCGGGAGGCGAGGCGCGGGGAGGGUGGCGGGGGUGACCCGGGAUCCGUACCCGGCUCGCCAACGCCACGUGUACCUUCAGACGGGCGGCUGCGGCCGCGGGGGGCCGCUGCCUUCGAUGGAGUCCCGCUGGCAGACCCCGGGGGCCACAACCGCUCGGACUGCAUCCCGCCGCCGCCGCUGCCCAAGUGCGAGCUCUUGCAGGUGGCCAUCGUCUGUGCAGGACAUGACUCCAGCAGAGAUGUCGUCACCCUGGUGAAGUCCCUGCUGUUCUAUAGGAAAAAUCCACUGCACCUUCACCUGGUGACCGAUGCUGUGGCCAGGAACAUCCUGGAGAUGCUCUUUCACACAUGGAUGGUGCCUGCUGUCCAGAUCAGCUUCUACAAUGCUGACGAGCUCAAGCCCCAGGUCUCCUGGAUCCCCAACAAGCACUACUCUGGCCUCUAUGGGCUAAUGAAGCUAGUGCUGCCCAGUGCCCUACCCCCCGACCUGGCCCGUGUCAUUGUCCUGGACACAGAUGUCACCUUUGCCUCCGACAUUGCAGAACUCUGGGCACUCUUUGCUCACUUUUCUGACAAGCAAGCGAUUGGUCUCGUGGAGAACCAAAGCGACUGGUACCUCGGCAACCUUUGGAGGAAUCACAGGCCCUGGCCUGCCUUGGGCCGGGGAUUUAACACAGGCGUGAUACUCCUACGGCUGGACCGGCUUCGGCAGGCUGGCUGGGAGCAGAUGUGGAAGCUGACGGCCACGCGGGAGCUCCUCACCCUGCCUGCCACCUCGCUGGCCGACCAGGACAUCUUCAACGCCGUCAUCAAGGAGCACCCGUGGCUGGUGCAGCCCCUGCCCUGCAUAUGGAACGUGCAGCUGUCAGACCACACGCUGGCUGAGCGCUGCUACUCUGAGGCGUCUGACCUCAAGGUGAUCCACUGGAACUCACCAAAGAAGCUUCGCGUGAAGAACAAGCACGUGGAAUCCUUCCGCAACCUCUACCUGACUUUCCUGGAGUAUGAUGGCAACCUGCUGCGGAGAGAGCUCUUUGGGUGCCCCUGCCCGCCCCCUCCUGGGGCCGAGCAGCUGCAGCAGGCCCUGGCACAACUGGAGGAGCAGGACACCUGCUUUGAGUUCCGGCAGCAGCGGCUCACCGUGCACCGUGUGCACAUCACCUUCCUGCCGCACAAGCCGCCACCCGCCCAGCCCCACGACGUCACCCUGGUGGCCCAGCUCUCCAUGGAGCGGCUGCAGAUGCUGGAAGCCCUGUGCAGGCACUGGCCGGGCCCCAUGAGCCUGGCCUUGUACCUGACAGACGCAGAGGCCCAGCAGUUCCUGCGUUUCAUGGAGACCUCGGCGGUGCUCUCUGCCCGGCAGGACGUGGCCUACCACGUGGUGUACCGGGAGGGCUCCCUCUACCCCAUCAACCAGCUCCGCAACGUGGCCCUGGCCCAGGUGCUCACGCCCUAUGUCUUCCUCAGCGACAUCGACUUCCUGCCCGCCCACUCCCUCUAUGACUACCUCAGGGCCUCCAUCGAGCAGCUGGAGCUGGGCGGCAGGCGGAAGGCGGCCCUGGUGGUGCCUGCAUUCGAGACCCUGCACUACCGCUUCCGCUUUCCCAGUUCCAAAGCCGAACUGCUGACCUUGCUGGACGCCGGGUCUCUCUACACUUUCAGGUACCAUGAGUGGCCCCAGGGCCAUGCGCCCACAGACUACACCCGCUGGCGGGAGGCUCAGGCCCCAUACCGAGUGCAGUGGGCAGCUGACUACGAGCCCUACGUGGUGGUGCCACGUGACUGUCCCCGCUACGAUCCCCGCUUCGUGGGCUUUGGCUGGAACAAGGUGGCCCACAUCAUAGAGCUGGACGCACAGGAAUACGAGCUCCUGGUGCUGCCCGAGGCCUUCACCAUCCACCUGCCGCACACCCCAAGCCUUGACAUCACUCGCUUCCGCUCCAACCCCACCUACCGUGACUGCCUCCGGGCCCUCAAGGACGAGUUCCACCAGGACUUGUCCCGCCACUACGGGGCUGCUGCCCUCAAAUACCUCACUGCCCUGCAGCAGCCCCGAGGCCCCGCCUGA